CGGGAAUUUCCCUUCAUGCUGCUUGCCAAGGCUGGAGGACAUCACGCCAAAUCCCGAUAUCCGAUUAGAAUGGGACUGCAGCUUUGAUGCUUGGGAUUCCUUAGGAUGAAGGUCCUUACUUGCAGUGUCUGCUUCCUUUCCGAUGACAAAUCCAUCGUACUGAGUUGCUGCCAUAGCAUCUGCAGAGCUUGUGCUCUAGAAGAAGUCCAGAAAAAGAAAUCCGUAUGGAAAUGUGGCAAUGGUAAUCCAUUUGUGUGCCCAAAAUGUAAUGGAUCUAUGAGAACCCAGAGUGGUUCCGAUUUGACUUUGGAAGUUGUCCAAGACAUCUUUGAAGCAUCCAUAGAUUCCAAGCAUGAGUUGCCUGCUGAAGAAAAUGUAUAUCAUGUUGCUGAAAAAGGCGCAGUCAAGAAGAAAGAAAUCCGAUCCAAUCCAAAACAUGAUUUGUCAAGCUCAAAUGAAAUCAAAGCUACAAAGACCACAAAACAAAGUGUACCAGAGGAACAGGGCGAAAGAGAUGUGCAUAUCACUGCCAGUAAUAACAUAGUUGAAGUCUUAAAUAACAGUAAGGCAUUUCCAAACUUGGUACUAGAAACAAGGAAAUCACAGCAGAUGAAAUUUUUGCAGAGCAAAGCCGCAGCUGUUAUGAAACUGUUUGCAAACCAGAAAAAGCUACUGUUGGAUCGUCUAAGCAAGAUGGAGGAAGGAUUACUAAAAACAUUAGAGGAUACAGUCGCUAGAAGAUGUCAAGAAUUUGACAUUUAUGAAAGAUCCAUUAAUGUGUUGAACAAAAGGUUGGAAGAUGUGGAAACAUCACAGAUGCAUCAUGGGAAGAAUAUCACAGAAACAAUGGAUUUACAAACUAAUCUUCAGCUACUUGUUGUUGAAUAUACCCAACUUAGCAACUUAAUUAACAGCCAUACUGUAGAACCAGUGGACUUACAACUUGUUAGUGAGGGUGAAAUGAAGUUCAGGUUGACUGGGCUUUGUCAAGAUCAAAUUAUUGAAUCUAAGCAAAAAAAUUGCAAUUGUGAAAAAUUACAAACUGAGGGGUUGUCUUGCAACUAUAGUUUAGAGGUAAGGACAGGUUCCACAACUGUCUCUUAUACACAUCUAGAUGUGUAUAAGAGACAGCUGUAG